GUUUACAUAUUGCAUACAUCAAUUAAGGUUUAAACUUACAACACAGUUAACCAGUGUGUUAUCAUUAUGGCAACAACAACACCAAGGCAACAAAGGGAACAGAACUCUGUCUGGCUGUCAAAGAUUGUAAAGGGAGAUAAAUCUAUUGAAAACGAGACAAAUAUAAACUUUUGCAGAUUUUCAUUUCGAGCAUGCAAGUUGAAGAAAAUAUUCAAUCAUUGCACAAAAAAGAUGUAUUUACUGUGCAAGUGUACAUGUGCGUACGAACACGAGUAUUUUAUGUAUGUGAAAGACGAUGGAAGUAUUGACACAGAAAUGUUUGAUAGUAUUUUGGCCUCUGUUGCCACUGGCAAGUGUCCUCAUGUUGAACCAUUCAAAUCUACUUCAGAAUCCUCGGUCACGGCAAAACACUCCUUUGCUGCAGUUGGAAACUCUGAUAUGAUCAUGUCAGAAACUACGUAUGUGCCAACAUCAUGUUUCGGGAUAACACCGUAUCAUGUUGCAACUAUACACAAGCAACAUGGUGCUAUCAAAAAGCUAAGCAACAUUUACAACUUCUGUACACUAAAGUAUCCAACAAGAAUGGAGAAAACCAACGGAGGAAUCAAAUUUGAUUUAAUAGCAACCAAUUCUUUAAAACUUUGUAUUGAUAGGGAAGAUACUGAAACGCUCAAAACAAUUCUCAGCGGCAUCACAAACGUGUACCAGUACAAUUCACCAAUUCUUUACGCUAUACAUCACGGAAAAACAGAAUCCCUUGAUGUUCUCCUAUCUUCAUACAAUGAAUAUAUGAACAUUUUCCAGAAAAAAGAAAAUGACAAUUUUCAAGGUACAUUUUUUGCUGUUCUAAGCAACAGACCAGAAUCCCUCAACAUAAUACUUGACCACCUUGAAAUUCGUAGUGCAUUUACUAUUGAUGAAAAGUUUACCAUUGCCGACCUUGCCCGCUCAUUAGGCCAUUCUAAGUGUCUUGAAAUACUUGAGAAAUGGGAAGACAUGCAAGAAGAUGGCAAUGGAGGCAGACUGAUACACGAACAUAGAACGCGGGACAAAAGCGCAGCAGUGUCACCAAUAUGUGCGAUACUUUUCAAACUGAAAUUUCACAAUCUUCAUCACUAUAAAACUGAAAGUCUGUGCCAGAUCCUUGAGAAACUAGUGGCAAAUGGUCAUGACAUCAAUCAAAAAAGCGAAUGUGGCAAAACCCCUUUACAUUACGUCUGCGCACAAGAUCCAUUUUUUGACAUAAAAGUACAUUUUACAUUAUUACAACUUGGUGCUGACAUAAACGCUAAAGAUCCAAGUGGUGAAAUAGCUUUGUUUCCAAUUCUUAAUGAGCUAGAAAUCCAACAAUUUUACCAGAGAGACUGUCUCAAAUGGUUCAUCAGAAUGGCUCUAUAUCAUAAUCCGAUCCGAUCUAACAUAAGCCACUGGGACAUACUGGGGGACCAGAAUCGAUUUAAACGUCUCAACCACAUAUAUGACGGUCUGUGUGAGGAUUUCGUUGAAUGCGGCUUUAUACCUAAAGACUACACUGAAGUUAGAUCUCUACAGAAGAUGUGUCGAGACUCACUCAGACAGCAUUUUCCUGGUACCAGCCUUCACAGGUUUAUACAGGAAACAGAUAUGCCUCCAUCUUUCAAAGACUUUAUUUUAAUGAAGAAAAGGUUAGACUGGCAGCAGCAUCUAGAUUUCCACCAGUAGGGAAGAACACUACAUAAUUUUUUUAUUGUUCUCCAAUAAAGACAUUAUACAGCUUAUAUAUUACAACAGUAAGGACAGACAACCUUACUUAUAGGUUCACAAAUAAAAGCAUAAAUAUGGCGGAAGCUGCAUUCCUGAUAACAUUUUGUUUUUUAGAAAACAAACAUUAUUACAGUUCUACUAUAUGCAAGCAACAUUCAAGUUCUAGACAAGACAGAAAACGUGUUAAGAAGGCAGGAAUUCCCACUUUACACCUCUGCAAAUGCAGUGACAAGUUUAACAGAGAUCCAUUGAACUAGGUAGACAAUGUGAUCUAAGUGCAUUUUCAGCUUGGCAGAUAUAAGACACUUAGGGACAAAAUGGAAUGUGGCAUAGAAUGAUAUAAGAGAUGAGGCAUUUAAAGUGGGCAUUAAUUCAUAACAUUUACUUUAUAUACAGAUGCUUCAAUGAGAUUAAAGAGGCCAUUUCAUAGCAUUUACAUGAAAUAUAGAUGCUCCAAUGAGAUUAAAGAGUGCAUUUCAUAGCAUUUACAUUAAAUAUAGAUGCUCACAUAACUAAUUGUUGAGUUGGAAGUUUUACGCUUAUUAAAACACUCUUGCACUGUCU